UUGCUCCAACAUUCGACCAUGAACGCUUGCUGAAACUGAAAACCCCAAAGCGCGCCAAAAUGUGUCCGGUUUAAAUUUCCCGUGAUUUCAGUACAACGAAGUGACAUGAGAGACGCUAAUUAAAAAUUCGAAUAAAAUGAACAAUGACAGUUUAGAGAACACCAUCCACGUGACGGCGCCGAGUAUUCUGAACAAACCCUCCCAGACGAUGCCUCAAAGAUCGCCCUUCGCCAUCCAGGAGCUGCUGGGGUUGAGCGACUCCCAGCACCGCUCCCCCACGGCGGCGGUGUCGGCCAUAACCCCCAAUGUUUACCCGCAACGCCACUUGCAAGCGCCUACGUGCUUUCCGUCGGAACACGGCUUCAACCACCACCACAUGACGAUGGCGGCGAGUCGGAUGGCCUACUUCAACGCACAGGCCGCCGUCGCCGCCGCUUUCCUGCCCCACAACAUCGCCGCCGCCGCCGGCAUGAACGCCAACGCCGGGGGAGCCUCGCCGGCGGCGGUGUUAGGGCUCACGGGCCACCAGGCCAGCGCGGCGCCGGGUUUCGCCCAGCUGAAAAACUCCUUUAGUUCCUCAGGCCCUGGUUCCUGUUUAUCAGGACAGUUAGACAAUUCCAAAGACUUUUCGAUGACAGAUGGUAUAGGAAGCUUUAAUAAAAAGAAGAAAAAGAAGAGGCGUCAUAGGACGAUUUUCACGAGCUACCAACUGGAAGAACUGGAGAAGGCCUUCAAAGAUGCACACUAUCCGGACGUUUACGCCAGGGAAAUGCUCAGCCUGAAAACAGAUUUACCGGAAGAUCGGAUACAGGUGUGGUUUCAGAACAGGAGGGCGAAAUGGAGGAAAACCGAAAAGUGCUGGGGCAGAAGUACCAUUAUGGCCGAAUAUGGACUGUACGGGGCCAUGGUUCGGCAUUCGCUACCUUUACCUGAAACCAUUCUAAAAAGCGCCAAAGAAAACGAAUGCGUCGCUCCCUGGCUGCUAGGAAUGCAUCGAAAAUCCUUGGAGGCCGCAGAACACCUAAAAGAGCAAGACAACAACAGCGACCACGAAGAAACGACUUCCAUGCGGACGGAAGCGAGCGACACCAGCGCCACCUCCAGCCAACAAACUCAACAACAGCAGCAGCAACCUCCCGGUCAUAACAACGUCAGCGCUUCCGGUGGCGAUAAAGAUCAGCAACAGCACGUUGGGAUGCCUCCGACGCAACCACCCUACCCAGAGGACCCCGAAGCCUUCAGGAAUAACUCUAUAGCGUGUCUGAGAGCUAAAGCUCAGGAGCACAGUGCUAAAAUGCUCAAUCAUAACAUUAUGAUGCAGGUGAGGUCUAGUGAUGCCAACGCCAACAACUUGCAUCACCAGGAGGUAGUUAAUGCAGAGACUAGUCCGAGUAUAUUCUGACAGAGUGAGGAAAGUCAGUUGAGGGAGUAGUUCACGUCGCCAGGGGAAGUUUACUGUUUCGUUUGAGAUGUUUGCCACAGGCACUAUCGAAACGAAUAUUUUCAUUGAACGAAAUAAUUAUGGUUGUGAUUGUUUUUGGAAAGAUGUGUUUGCAAGGUUACUAAGAUUAAAAUUAGGUCACUGAAGUGUUGAAAAAGGGAAGCAUUUUAUUGUUCACAGACGCAAGGUUUUAAUAGAA